CAGUGGGUAGACACUUCUCAUUCAAAAACUAGUCUCUAUAUGUAGCAAUUGAUAUACAACCUUAUCCCUUAAGCAAUAAAGUGCAUUUUGGAUUGAUUUCACUACAGCAGGGGAACCCGCGGAUCAAUACCACCAUACUAAAAAUAAUUGUUAGUGUCCUUAUGUUGGUAGUAUUGUUAGUUUGACAAAUGAAAAAAAAUGUCUGUCAAUUGAGUUUGAGUUUUUAACCGGCGAAUUGAUUCGUGUGAAGUUAUUUUCUCAGAUUUGGUGCAAUAUUACUGUAAAUAAACUUUUCUGUCGUUUACGUUGAGUUGAUUAAGUUCCUCCGUAUCGGGCGUGAUAAAGUUUGCUGUUCAGUGUUAUGUUUUUUGUGAGAUAGAGACUCUUUUAAAUAAGCUGUGUUUCAACUUCUACAGAAGUUUAAACUCUUAUUUACUUUUCUGUUUAAUGGGUAUGUUAUCUACUUACUUGAAAUAUUACAUCUAUUACAAAUCUAUUUUUCAUUAAAAACAACCCUAUGUGAUGAAAAUGUAAAUGUACUUUCAAAACUGGUAAAUGCAUGAACCAGGGCAUUGACACUGGUUGGAGAGAAAUUAUAGGCUUUGUUUAAUUAAUACCUAUUUCAUUUUAGGCUUCUACUGAUAAUGGAGAGUAGAAACAACAAGAAGUGCGUUAUUUGUAAUAAGAGGCGAAGUCGUGGUGGAUCACCCUUACUUUUGAGUAGGUUUCCUCUGGAUUCUGACCGUUGUCGAAUGUGGGUUAAAAAUGCUGGCUUAGAAGACUUAGCAUAUGUACCUAUUGAAAAGUUACACCAACUGAAGUUUGUUUGUGGUGGGCACUUCACUCCUGAAUCCUUCAAUGCCAAAGGAACUCGGCUGAAGAACUCAGCUAUUCCAACACUGGAAUUGAGCAAUCCCAUCUUGCCAGAUGAAGUUUUGACAGAGUUUCCUCUUCAUGUAAAAGACUCCAAUAAAGAAAACCUCAAGACAGUUCUUUAUGAUCAUUCAUAUUGCAUUCCAAAGAAGUCAAAUCCAGUUGAACGAGUUCCCCUUACAACUACAACCAAACAACUAAAUUCAACAUGUUUGGGAGCUGUGGAUAUACCAGAUUCUGGUAUUUCUGCGAAAACAACUUUUGAACCUCUUCCUUCUACUUCCAAUGCACCAGAACAUAUGACCUAUAAACCCAUUACUCAUGAUGAUAAAAACAUUUGCCAUCAAGAUGCACAGGCAGAAAUAUUAGUCCACAGUUAUAAAAGACCUAAGAAAAACAUUGAAAUGAAAGACACUUCAUCAACAUUUACAAUUAAAGAGAAGAGGCUUUGGCGACAGUUACAAAAUGCAAAAAAAAACAAUAAGGAAUAUAGCGAAGGUAGUUGCAGAAGAACACAACAGAAAUUUUUUAAAUAUUAAAAAACUGAAUAGUACCAUUGUAAAUCCAACAUUCAAAACUAAGAUGAGGGUGAAGUAUGCUGCGCAUGCUCUGAGUAAUACCGUGGCAGCUAUUUUAAAAAUGAUGGCAUGGAAAGAAGUUUCUGAUUGCAAUGAUACAGCAUUUGUGAUUGAACAGUUAGAUAAACUAUUUGAUUGUACAAAUGGUCCAUCAUCUUUAAAUGACGUAAAGAAAGGGAUCCGGGAAAAUGUUUCCACAUCAAGUAAUCACAUUGAGUCUUGGACCUUUUAUACUGAUAAGUUAAAAACCAUAAAAUUUAUAACAGCAGAAAACACGAUACUAAAAAAUGUUAAAUGCGUAAAGGGAUAUCAAAUAUCUAUCAAAUCCUUAAACGAUAUUUGGGAAAAGUUAAAGAAUGAAGGGUUUAAAUAUAUGAACCUUAGACAGUUUAACCAAGACUCUCUGGAAAACUUAUUUGGAAUCAUUAGGCAACACAGUGUAACCAAUAGAAAUCCCACUAUCACGCACUUUACUGCAGCGCUUAAAACAAGCAUGGUUACUGGGCUGAAAGUGCCUCAUAGCAGAAGUGCUAAUUGUGAAGCAGACAACAAUAAACAUAUU